ACUUGCCUCGAGGAGGAAGAAGUGGAGUGGAUAGAAGAGAAAUAGAGAAAGAAAGAUAUCGAAAGGAAGAAGCAAGGAUGCAGCCAUCCCUCGAAAUGCGAUGCCUCGCCACGUACAUUACGAGGACAGUCGCCACUUGAACGCAACCCUUCUCCACCUGAGCCAUCUGAUUCGUCGUAUAGCAACCAUGAAUCGUUCGAGCUUCUGGACCAGCUUGAACAUCACGGACGAGGAUAUAGACUACGUGAACAAGUUCAUGGAUAAUCUGUCGAUUUCGUGCAACGACAACUGCGAGCAACAGAUUGGUUGCUACUGCAACGGGACCGUUCGGGAUCUUGCGAUCGAGUACAAGAAUUACCACGGCUACGUGGCGUUGAUGGUGUGCCUGUUCGGCACCCUGGCCAACAUGCUGAACAUCGUCGUGUUGACGAGGAAAGACAUGGUCGCAACUCCCAUAAACCGAAUUCUCACCGGCCUCGCGACCGCCGAUAUGCUCGUCAUGCUGGAAUACAUACCGUUCGCUAUUUACAUGUACAUCGUGCUCCCAAAGAGGCAGAUAUUUCCUUACGGGUGGGCGGUGUUCGUCCUCUUCCACAUGCAUUUCACUCAAUUGCUCCACACCAUCAGCAUCGCCAUCACGCUCACCCUCGCCGUUUGGAGGUACAUCGCUAUUAGAUUUCCACAGUACAGUACUUGGUGUACCGCAGCUCGAUGUAAAAUGGCUUUAUGGAGCAGCUUUUUAGCGCCAUUUAUUGCCUGUGCUCCUAGUUAUCUCGUAUUUGGAAUAAGAAAGCAAACUGUAAAUGAAAAUGGCAUCCUGGAAAUCGCGUACAUAGUCGAUGCCGACUACUCCCAGCACAAGGACUUCUUCUACCAAUUGAAUUUCUGGAUACUAGGGGUGGUGGUGAAACUUUUACCCUGCGUCAUUCUCACCGUUAUUAGCUGUUGGUUGAUAAAAGCUCUUUACAGGGCGAAAGGGAGGAAGCAGGCUUUGAAGAGUUACAACCAGUGCAAAAACAUCGCUGUAAUGGGUAACGGUUUGAUCCCAAAAAGGCCGAGCAAAUCCGAGAGGAGAGCGGAUAGGACGACCAAGAUGCUGGUCGCAGUGUUGCUCCUAUUCCUGGUCACGGAGAUACCUCAGGGUAUCCUGGGCCUCCUAUCCGGUGUUCUAGGCGAUUGCUUCUUCCGUAAUUGCUACCAUAAUUUCGGCGAGGUGAUGGACAUUCUCGCCUUGUUAAAUGGCGCCAUCAAUUUCAUCCUCUAUUGCUCCAUGUCCAGGCAAUUCCGUACCACUUUCGGCCAGCUGUUCAAACCGAGGAUCAUGAAGAAAUGGCAGCCGGCCACGCAACAAACGGACGUGCAAAGCACUUACGUAUGAUGCAGGCUGAAAGGUCUAGAGACCACGCGUCUUUAGA